AUGUCGUGGAGUAUAAUCGUCAUUAUAAUAACGAUAUUUCAAGUAAUAUUACUUUUAUUAUCUCCUCGAUAUAAAAACCGUUCACCAUUUUCGAUUUAUUAUAGACAUGUAUUUCAACCGAUAGUGCAAGACUCUCAUCGAUACCGUUGGAAAUAUCAUUUAGUCCCAUUUUUCUACUUGACUCUUUUCAUCUAUUUAACAUAUUGUUAUUACACUAAAGUAGAACCACUAAUUGCUUCUCAAUUAUACUUUAUUGAGGUGUGGAUUUGGAUCCCAUUUAUGAUUUUCAGUCCUGUUAUAUUCGGAAUAUUAACAAUGGUCACCAUUCCAAAUACAGUAAAUAACAGAAGGAAUCAAGAAAAGGUCUUAUAUCGUUACCCAUAUGAUGAAAUAAUGUAUUAUCCUAAUAUUGAAUGUCGAACUUGUGGUAUAGUAAAACCAGCAAGAUCUAAACAUUGCGAGAUUUGUAAUUCAUGUAUUUUGUUAUGUGAUCAUCAUUGUCUUUGGGUCAACAAUUGUAUAGGUGAGGGAAAUUACCUAUAUUUCUAUUCAUUCCUAUUAUGCAAUUGUAUUACGAUGACUUAUUCGUUCAUCAGAUUGUUUCUAAUGUAUUGUCAAGGCCAUGCUCCCUCUUCAAGAAAUAUUUUAACUUUACUGAUAUUAUGUGGUAGUUUUGCUGUCAUAUGUGCCGGUUUUACAUUUUUACAAUUACAAUUGGUCAAAGACGGUAUGACUACCAAUGAGCAAGAUAAAUGGUUCACCUUACAAGAAUACAUGAGAGACGGGAAACUUAUUCGUACAAAAGAUGAAAACAAGUGGUUCAUUGCAAACCCAAAUGAUGAUGCUACUAUAACGAUAAAUGCGGACACUAUAUUCUACUCCACUAAUGCUUAUGACCAUGAAGGUUAUCACUUAUCCUCUGAUGAAUAUACAAUUGUGGAAGACCCUCGCCAAAUCACAAACCUUUACGACUCGGGGGAUUUCUUCACCAAUUUGAAAGAUUUCUGCUAUGACCCUUAG